AUAUGUACAAUGCCUGAUACAAGGGAUUCCAGGAAAGGCCGGAGCCGGAGCCGGAGCUAUGGAGCGAGUCACUCACCUGGCCAACCUGCUUACAUAGUCACUCUUGCCGUUUCCGUUUGCGCAAACGGCCAAUCUACCCCACAGAUUUUUUGGCUUCGACUUUGAUCCCUUGCCCACAAUAACUCCUCAACUUCGACACGUCGUUCGCGCUUCUUUCCUACAGUCCCAUGCUUACUCUCUGACGCACAGCAAUCUAGCCAGAAUGAAGCGCCAACGCACCGACAACCCGAGCGACACUCAAUAUGACCUUGCCAAAAAGGCACCAAGGCGAGAGUCGGAGUUCCCUCCGCAAGGCCAAGGCCGACGCCGCGAUGUGUUUCUGUUCCUCGAGCUCUCCGGUGAAUUACGAAACCGAAUCUACGAAUUCUGCCUCUCAGAAGAGGUUGUCCCACUCGUGCCAAAACGGAAGUUCCUUCAUGUUGGAGUCCCGAGCCAACUUCAUCUGGGCGUCCUCGCGUUGGCUCACAUGAACCGCCAAGUACGAAAAGAGUUCCUGCCGAUCUACAAGCGCAACAUGAAUGUCGGAGUCCCGUUCAGAGAUAUCCAGGAGUUCGCUGAUACCUGGUUGUCGGGUGAAGCACAGCUGGCUGGCAAUAUUCACAUCUUGGAUUACCAAUGGAUCAGUCGGACUAGUGCAGAAGUCCACAGUUUGCUCCGGGCUUGCUCGAUAAAUCCUGGGCUGACAGUUGCUCCAAGAUCAGUUCGUGUGGUUGUUGAUCUCUACGGCCACCCUAGUUACAGAUACGAACUCCGCGGCCCCUGGAAUCUAUACAACCUCGUGCAAGGCACCAGGCACGCAGACUACACUGAUAAUACUUGGCUGAACUACUUCGAGAGAGCAGUAACGGCGAUAACCGUUUCUUCCGGACUUGAGGAUGCCGUCAUCCAAGUGAAGAAGGAGUAUGUCGAGCCGUGGAUGACUGAGCAUAUGAUGCCAUUCCAGUACGCGCAGCAGUGGCAAGCGUGGCAGCAGCGAGUGCAGUUGCCGGGAUCCUGGGAUUGCUUGCCGAUGGUUGACUGGUCGUACUGCCGGAGUCGCGUGACAACCCAGGCAGAUGACGGAAGCGCCGUUGAGAUCAGAUGCACAUCACAACAUGGUCGAAGGAUUCGCCAGCUCAGCUACAACCUCGACUGA